ACCAACACGUAGGAAGUAAUUCUAUUAUUAAACGAACGUGUCUUUCAUUCGAAAGUCACAAGUUGUCGGGUUAAGCAUCUUCACGGAAACGCGAGCUGUCACGCUGCUUCUGUAGCUUUUAUCUUUAUAGCUAUAUCUUAAACACAGCCUUUUAUCUUUCACCAAAAGUUAAGCAGUUCGUUCGCCUUUGUUGUGGUUGGCUGCUUGCUAGUAGCCAUAUUUAACACGAGGUACAUCCCGAAAAUAACAUCACCGUGCUUGUUAAGCGAACAUAACGGUGAAACUUUUUCAACAAGCAUCUCUUUAAUGUCUCUCGGUGACAUUUGUAACUCUGUACUGUGUGAACAAAAAAAAUGUUGCUGAACUGUAAAUAAAAAUGAACUUGGUUUUCAUUUACAUUUAAGUCGCCGAAUAGGGGAAAAAACAACUGUCUGGAUUUAGUGUACUGUGUGUGUAUGUCUAUGGAAAUCUGUGUCUGAAUAUUAACAGUUAGUCUUAAUCACUCAUCUGAAACACUGUUUUUUUUCUACAACACUAGAGAGAGCUGUUGCCUCUGCUUGGAGGACUGUCAGUCCUUCCCAGAAGCCUUUCAGGUUCCUCUGAAGUUAUCUAUUUUACACAUGUAUCUGCGUGUAGAAUGAAAUGAGUGAGCUAACGUCGGUGCAAACUCCCCCCAACUAAACAAUGUGUCCAAUCUAUGGUUCUAUAUUAACAGGUUUGACCUACUUAGUGUCAUAGUUAAAGAUACACAUUUGGAAUUUGGGUCAUGUCAAGUUAGUGCCCUGCUGAAACCUGAAACUUGGACUUGUUAAAAGUGCACAUUAUUGAAGUUAAACUCUUUCUUGAUUAUACUUUGAACAUACAGCUUUGAAAGUACAAUUUGCCCACUGCAUUGUCUUGAAAAUAAUCCAGGCUUUAUAUUUGCAUCAAAAUGUCAGGUGUAUUGACAGCUGUUAUCUGUGUAGAAUUAUAAUAGUGGACAAACAAAUGAAUUACAGCUGUAAGAUAUUUGGCAUAGCAGCAAGCUUUGGGCCCCACUUUCUAAACUUGCUUUGCAGCUGUCUUCUUGGUGUAAUUUUAAGAAUCACCUAUAGUCCUACAAUAUCGGUGUCCAUUUUAUUUUCUCUAAAAAAUAAAUACAGUAGUUAAUGCAUUUAAAGCAAUACCAAGAUGUGCUUGUUUUGCUGUGAGAAAGGUAUUGGAGUAAUGACUUGUUUGGUCUGUACAAGUCUUGUGCGUAUUUGUGUAUCUACAUUGCUCAAGGCUAUUCCUCAGAGUGUCUGCAGUUGAGGUGGUGUUUGGUUUCAUCAUGCUGUUUAUGCUGUCAGGGAGGGGACAGCGUUUAGGGACUUUGCUCGCUUCAGCGACACCGCCAGAGUGUAAAGCAGAGAUGUGACUAGUGCCUGCUGAGAGGAAAAACAUCAAUAUUGCCUCAUCUUUGAAGCACGGAUACCUAAUUCUCAGAACACUGUAGCUUUUGCACUAGAGUCUGUGGCUGUCACUUUCUUCUGCAUCUCUCCAUGGCACCGCCUGUCAAAGACAAAUGACCUAAACUUGGUGUGUGUAUGUUUAUGUGUGUGCCAGGCCUGGGUCUAACCUGCUGCUAUUAAUACCACCUAAUGAACAUAAUCUGGAGGGUAGGUUAUCCUCUUACAUUUGUUGGCUAAGGGGAGGGGUGAAUAGUGAGUGAAAGAGGAGGGAAAAGCUGUGCAGUAGUUCCACAUUGAACAAACUCUCCCAGGCUGCACUCUCGUCUCUCUCUCUUUAUUGCUUCAUAGUAUGAAGGAAAUAGAAAGCUAAACUGAUGUUUCAUUUCAAAACAGUUUCCCCUCAACAGUGUCCAUUCUGUUUAUCUCUGCCCACUGGUCUGUUGUAGCUGAUAAGCGUGUAUAAAUAUAAUUCUUGGCGGCAGUGAAAAUACAACUUUGUCAGUUUGUGAAGUUGUACCAGUUAUGAACUCUCUACCGGCUUACUCAGGAGCUAGGAUAUCUGGAUGUUGGACUUUAAGAUCUGAUGGCAGUGGAUGUGGUGAUGGAUCUCUGGACCGCCUCCUCCCGUCGGUCACUGCGGGCCUCUCGCCCAGAAAACGGACCACCAGCCAGUGUAAGUCGGAGCCACCUCUGCUGCGGACGUCCAAACGGACCAUCUACACCGCUGGUCGGCCUCCUUGGUACAAUGAGCAUGGCACCCAGUCCAAAGAAGCCUUCGUCAUCGGGUUGUGCGGCGGCAGUGCCUCAGGAAAGACGACAGUUGCAAGAAAAAUUAUCGAGGCUCUUGAUGUUCCAUGGGUGGUUCUCCUCUCCAUGGACUCCUUCUACAAGGUGCUAUCUGUGGAAGAGCAGGCCCUCGCUGCCAGCAACGACUACAACUUUGAUCACCCCGACGCCUUCGACUUUGGCUUGCUGACACACACCCUGCGCAAACUCAAACAGGGGAAGAGCGUAAAAAUCCCAGUUUAUGACUUCACAACACACGGAAGGCAAAAGGAGUGGAAAACUGUUUAUGGCGCAAGUGUCAUCAUCUUUGAAGGAAUUAUGGCUUUCGCUGACAAAGAACUGUUGAAGUUACUGGACAUGAAGCUUUUCGUGGACACAGACUCCGACAUCCGACUCGUGCGGCGGCUACGGAGGGACAUCACUGAGCGGGGCCGGGAUAUCGAAGGAGUCAUCAAGCAGUACAACAAGUUUGUCAAGCCAGCAUUCGAGCAGUACAUCGAACCUACCAUGCGACUCGCCGACAUUGUUGUGCCUCGAGGUGGUGGAAACAUGGUGGCUAUUGAUUUGAUUGUGCAGCACGUCCACAGUCAGCUGGAGGAGCGCGAGCUCAGCGUCAGGGCUGCUUUGGCCUCCGCUCACCAAGCUCAGCCCCUCCCCCAGACUCUCAGCGUCCUGGAAAGCACACCCCAGGUCAAGGGAAUGCAUACCAUCAUCAGGAACAAGGAGACCAGCCGAGAUGAGUUCAUCUUCUACUCCAAGAGGUUGAUGCGACUGUUGAUCGAGCGGGCGCUGUCCUUCCUCCCCUCACAGGUCCACGUGGUCCAGACGCCUCAGGGGGAGGAUUACGAAGGCCGAACCUUCCACGGGAAGAGGAUCACCGGAGUUUCAAUCCUGCGAGCCGGGGAGACCAUGGAGCCGGCUCUGAGGGCCGUGUGCAAAGACGUGCGCAUCGGCAAAAUCCUCAUCCAGACCAAUCAGGACACAGGAGAGCCCGAGCUUCACUAUCUGCGUCUACCGAAAGACAUCAGCGAGGAUCAUGUGAUUCUAAUGGACUGCACUGUGUCCACCGGAGCAGCCGCCAUGAUGGCAGUCAGAGUUCUCCUGGACCAUGACGUGCAGGAAGACAAGAUUCUGCUGGUGUCAUUGUUGAUGGCGGAAAUGGGCGUCCACUCAGUGGCGUACGCCUUCCCGCAGGUCAAAAUCAUCACCACAGCUGUGGACAAGAAGGUCAACGAUCUGUUCCACAUCAUUCCAGGCAUCGGAAACUUCGGGGAUCGGUACUUCGGUACGGACGCACCUCCCGACUGGAGCGACGACGAUAUGGAUGAACCGACGUACUGACUUUACCUUGUUGAAGAGCUGAGCUCGCCACGCGCAGAACAAUUUUUGUACUCGGAGGCCAAAGAACGGCGAUGACACAUGGUGGAAUGUACAUGUACAGUUAAAUUAUGACUCCUUUUAACUAAAUAUUGCUUUGAUUUAAGAUGAUAUUUUUAUAUGUGGAUUGUGAGUCCAGAUGUUUUGCGAGCCUAAUGUGACGUGCGACUUCAGAUUUCUCCAAAAAUGGUUGGUUUGUUAUCAAUAUAACAGCUUUGCACUAAUGUUGCUGUUAUGGUUAAAGAAAUAUUUUAAAAACCUGUCAACAUAUCAGUCAGAUGUGUUCAUAAAGUCAGUGCCUGAUACUUAGGGAUAAGUAGCUUUUGGUGCCUCACUAUUUUCCAGUUCAACCUUUAUCAGAAGUUUUACUCCACAGUCCAUUUUGGCACCUUGAUUCAUAUUUAAAACAAAGUAUGUAUUGCUAAUCUUUGUGUUGCUACAUUCAACUGUGAGAAAGAGAUCGACACUGUUCUGUGUGCCACUUUUGCUGUUCAAUAAAGUGCAAUAGAUCUUUUA